CAACUAACUGGUCUAGAGGAGGGAACUCAGUAUUCUAUCAUACUCACUGUCACUCUGACUGGGGGAAGGACUGAACAAAAUACUGUCACAGGCACCACAAGAACUGCUGCUCCGUCUGCCCCUCCUUCUUCUGUGAGGUUGUCAGUGGUCAGUUCCGCUAGUAUCAACGUCAGGUGGGGCCCAAUGGACUGCAGGCAUCAGAAUGGAGAGAUAACAAGCUACUAUGUGAGGUAUGGGGAGAAAGGAGGUCGCCAGACACCCAGGUUUCUCUCUGGAGACUCCAGUGGAGGAAUGACCACACUCAGUAGACUGACUAAACAGACAGUCUACACAGUUGAAGUGGCAGCAAGGACCAGUGCU